UUGAAAUGCUAGUGUGUUUACCUGCAUUAGAUUCCUGCCAUGUGUUUAAAAAAAACAAAUAAAAAUGAAAUGUACAUCUUUCCUAUGAAUAUGUAUAUGCAUAGUCAACAGGAUGGAUGGAUGAAAUGAAGUUGGGAUGUCUACACUGUAUCAUCAGUGUAUGUCAGCGUUUUUUUGUCAACAAAAAGGGAAAUAAACUAUCUUGGAGUGUGAAUUAAUGAAUUAACUUUGUUAUUCAGCAGUAUCUUCUGUUAAUACCUACCUUUGCAUGGGAAGCAGGCGGGACAGGCCUUUUCCACAAAGAGGGAAGUAAGAGAUGUAGGGGAGGGGAAGGGACUCGUGCAGUAACAGCUGGACUGCAGUUUGUGACUAUACUGAGAUGUUAGUUUGAAUUCUUUCUUUCUUCCUUCCUCUGGACAAACAAAACAAUUAAGGCAGAGACGGUUAAUACAGUGCGAUGAUUACCCCUGCUCACUUUUUAGUUAUUACUGUAAGUAUGUACGCAUUUAGGUGAUCAGAUUUCUACCCUGAAUUUCUGUGUAAACCCACAUAGAGGAUUUCAUCCAGGUACUUCUGUAUCGUCUGGUAACGCUGAUCACAAGUUUUAAUGCGUGGUCCUGGGCAGCAAGACUUUCUGUCUGUAGUCAGCGUGACUGUAGUCUGAUGUUCUCCCCUAAAGCCAACUGUUUCAUCCAGCGGCUGGGUCUUUUUCUGGUGCUGUUCAUACUUGCCGUUGCAGGAGAGCAGUGUACUGUGGGCUGGUAGGGUGUUUUUCUGGUCUCCACUAAGAGAAGCUUUCAAGACGAAGACCUAAAGGGAGGACAGGAGGACAGUUAAUAAUCAUCUGGGUACCCUAAAAGGAAAGUACUGCAGAUCAGAUGGGAUUUUCUGUUGUAAUUGGCUUCUUGUAUUUGCUGUGUACAAGAAGUUGGUAUUCUUGACAGGGCUGAGGGGUGCCGCUCUUUUUUCACAUACAAGCAGAGGUUGCUGUUGUAGGCCUUGGCACACAGGUUUUAUUUUCAAGGAUACUUUUUUUUUUUACAUCUCACUUGUUUUCGCUCACAGAAACUUCUCUUACACCAUAAAAGCUGCAACAAGUCAUCUGAUUUGUUUUCAUCAUGAACGUUUGUCUUUUCACAAUUGUAGCUGCUGUGCCCUGCUUUUCUAAUGAGAGUAAAAGGAAGAAGUCAACAGAACACUGAAUCUUUUACCUACCUCAGAAUUACUCUCAGCUUUUUGAAGGAUGUUUCCACACAGGGUAGUCUUUCCAUGAGCUCUGCACCCCAGAGUUGUGUUUCUUCUGUUGGAUGCAAGAAUUGUCAGAGUUCUUAAGAUGACUCAUAUCUUAUUUACGGUCUUCAAAUGAUACAUGUUCCUCUAGCUACAAGUGGAUGACCAUAUUUAUUAUUUGCUGCUGUGAAAAGCAAUAAUUACCUAAAAAUGAUGAAAUUCAAUUUAGCUUUCAUUAAGACUAUUUCAGGAAAGGGAAAGAUGAGAAGAGUAAUCACUGGGAAAACUAAAGGCUGCUAAACAGAGGUGAAGCACAGAGGGAUCAUCUUGUACAGAUCUUUAAACUGAGAUGAAGGAAGUGUGAAAGAAAUUCCUAUUACACACCAUGUGAAAGAAGGAUGUGAGAAAGCAGAUCCAGCACAGUUUGAAUUACUUAAGGUUCUUGGACAGGGAUCAUUUGGAAAGGUCUUCCUCGUACGGAAAAUAAUUGGUCCUGAUGCUGGGCAACUUUAUGCAAUGAAAGUACUGAAAAAAGCUUCUUUAAAAGUUCGGGAUAGAGUUCGUACAAAAAUGGAGAGAGAUAUAUUAGUAGAAGUAAAUCAUCCAUUUAUCGUCAAACUGCACUAUGCCUUUCAGACUGAAGGGAAGCUAUAUUUAAUAUUGGAUUUUCUCAGGGGAGGAGAUGUAUUCACACGAUUAUCCAAAGAGGUUAUGUUUACAGAGGAAGAUGUGAAAUUCUACCUCGCAGAACUGGCCCUUGCUUUGGAUCACCUUCACAGCUUGGGAAUUGUAUACAGGGACCUGAAGCCAGAAAACAUUUUGCUUGAUGAAGCAGGACAUAUCAAGUUAACAGACUUUGGACUCAGCAAAGAAUCAGUAGAUCAAGAGAAGAAGGCCUAUUCUUUCUGUGGUACUGUAGAAUACAUGGCACCUGAAGUAGUAAACAGGCGAGGGCACAACCAGAGUGCUGACUGGUGGUCCUUUGGUGUUCUCAUGUUUGAAAUGCUUACUGGUACACUACCAUUUCAAGGUAAAGAUCGAAAUGAAACUAUGAAUAUGAUACUCAAAGCGAAACUUGGAAUGCCUCAGUUCCUCAGCCCUGAAGCACAAAGUCUUUUGAGGAUGUUGUUUAAAAGGAACCCAUCGAAUAGAUUAGGAGCUGGUUCAGAUGGAGUUGAAGAAAUCAAGAGACAUCCUUUUUUUUCUACUGUUGACUGGAAUAAACUGUUCAGAAGAGAAAUUCAGCCCCCGUUUAAACCUGCUUCUGGAAAGCCGGAAGAUACCUUCUGUUUUGAUCCAGAAUUCACAGCAAAAACACCAAAAGAUUCGCCAGGAGUCCCACCUAGUGCGAAUGCACAUCAGCUCUUCAAAGGAUUUAGUUUUGUGGCAACUACUACUGUAGAAGAUCAUAAACUAUCACCACUCACCAAUAUACUGCCAAUAGUACAGCAACUUCAUGGAAACAGCGCCCAGUUUACUGAUGUGUAUGAACUGAAGGAGGAUAUUGGUGUUGGUUCCUACUCUGUUUGCAAGCGAUGUAUACACAUAGCUACCAACAUGGAGUUUGCUGUAAAGAUAAUUGAUAAAAGUAAGAGGGAUCCUUCGGAAGAAAUUGAGAUUCUCAUGCGUUAUGGACAACAUCCAAAUAUUAUUACCUUAAAGGAUGUGUAUGAUGAUGGUAGAUUCAUAUACCUUGUCACUGAACUGAUGAAAGGAGGAGAGCUGCUUGAUCGAAUCCUCAGACAGAAGUUCUUCUCGGAACGAGAGGCUAGCGCUGUGUUAUACACUAUAACAAAGACUGUGGACUACCUGCACUGCCAAGGAGUAGUGCAUCGAGACCUUAAACCUAGUAAUAUUUUAUAUACGGAUGAUUCAAAUAAUGCUGAUUCUAUCAGAAUUUGUGAUUUUGGAUUUGCAAAACAGCUUCGAGGAGAAAAUGGAUUACUUCUAACUCCAUGCUACACUGCAAACUUUGUUGCACCAGAGGUUCUCAUGAGACAGGGAUAUGAUGCUGCUUGUGACAUAUGGAGCUUGGGUGUUCUUCUUUACACAAUGUUGGCAGGCUAUACUCCAUUUGCCAAUGGUCCCAACGAUACUCCAGAGGAGAUCCUGGUACGGAUAGGCAGUGGAAAAUUCUCUUUAAGUGGAGGCAACUGGGACACUGUUUCAGAUGCAGCAAAGGACUUGUUAUCACAUAUGCUUCAUGUAGAUCCGCAUCAGCGAUAUACAGCAGAGCAAGUACUAAAACAUUCAUGGAUAGCCUGUAGGGACCAGUUGCCACAUUAUCAACUAAACAGGCAAGAUGCACCACAUCUAGUAAAGGGAGCCAUGGCUGCUACAUAUUCUGCACUGAAUCACAAGACAUUUCAGCCAGUGUUAGAGCCUGUUGCAGCCUCAAGUUUAGCUCAGCGACGGAGCAUGAAAAAGCUAACAUCAACAGACUUAUAGAUCCACUGGGACACCUUAGCAAACAGAAGCAAGGGGAAAAUCCAAUAAGUGGCUCUAUUUUGCCUGACCUGUGAUCAAAAGGCAUCUAUGGUUUCCUGCUACACUACUUGAAUUCUGUAAAAGUCCUUUUUUAAAAAAGAAAAAAAAAUCCACAGGUUCAUACUGUGUUGUUUUACAGGCUGUAUCUGUUAAGUUAAUUUAAACAUCAGGUACACCAUAAUGGAUUUCUCUACAUUGUCCUUUAAGAAAUCUGUUGCAAAUAUUCUUUCACAUUCUGUAUAGUUUUGCUGGGUUCAUUUAAAAAAUAGUUUAGGGGACCGUUGCCAAUGACCAAGUUGUAUAUAAAGUGUCAGUGUAAGUUUUCUUUUCUUCACACCUUUAGACCCUGCUCUGAAGGACAAAUUCUUAAUUUUGUAAUUGGGCACUUAAUUCAUUCAACUUAAUUCAUUUAACUUGUUCAUUACUAUUAUGAGAAGCUGACUAAUGUAUUGUGCCAGUGUUAAAUGCAUUAGUGCUAAUUUGGAAGGCCUGUGUUUGCAUGGUGCCAGUAACUGAUAAGUUUAUGUGAAAACACAAACAAAAGGGAUGUGUAAGAUUCUGCACUUUACCUGUUAAACUUAAUUUGAUUGCUUGUGACGCAAAAGAAAUGCUGAUUAACAAAUGGCCUCUUACAGGAAAAAUGAACAUUUCUAGUUGUUUCUACAAAUGGUAUUGUGUCCUGCACCGAGCUGGAGAAAGUAAGUAUGUGUAUAAACUGUCAAAAUUAAGGAUCCUGGUAACGUUGGUACCACUUCAAAACAACGUCAUGCAAUCUAAUACUACUUGUUAUCUAUAUUGUCUAUCCAGUAGUACAAUGGCCAUGUUUCUGUUUCCUUGGCAGCCUUUUCCACUGAAUAUACCCAAUAUUAAGGCUUUUUGGCAUAGAAGACAAACUGACACUUUAUUAUAACAAACUUGGCACAUGGAUUUUAAUUUUUAUUUAUUUGAUUUUUAUAGAACAUUGCUUCUAUCUGAAUCUCUCGCUGCAUGUACAAAUAUUACAGAACAUAAAUGCAAAAUUCUGUUUGCCUAACUGUAGGGGUAGCUUGGGAAAAUAAAUAAGCCUUACAGUGUGCCCAGAUAAGGGAAUUCUGACCAAGAAAUUUCACAGUUACGGAGAAGAUACUGACAACACCCUGCUGCCAGUGCUCGCUCACCUUCUUGUCUUGGUGUUAGGACUUGAUGUUAGGUGUCAGCUGUUUCUAAAUGCUGUGAUGGAAAGAAAAUUAAUUCCAGGGCCAGAAUUAUCUUGGGGUUUUCAGUCUCAAAACCAGUGCUAACUGCUAGUAGAGUGGGAACUAAUGCGUUCAGAGAUGAUGAGCUUAGAAGUAUUUUCAAAAUUGUAGACACGACUGUGUGUGUACUGUCAUAGUAGGAUGAAAAUCUGAAGUGUAUUGGUGACCAGCGGUUUGGCUGUGUACAGUUAGAGAAUCCAAGUGACCAAAACUUACAUGUAAUUCAGACUGAUAUGCCAUAAUUGAUUUUUCUGUUCCAGAUACCUUUUGGUAGCCAAUUACAAGAUGCCAGUGAUGGCAGAAAUCAGUUGUUUGAGAUAGGAAAAAAAGCUUUCGGGAGACUUCUGGCCCAACUGCCAAGAGCGGUGGUAGUAACUCAGAUCUUAAAAGGCAGAGGGUGCUGGCUGGUUUUUGCUCAUACCUGUGAAGUACUUGGUGGCAUUGGAAGUACGGUUAGAUAAGCUGCUUUCUUUUGUUGUGGUGGGGGAAGAUGGAAAUUAUCUGGCAAAAUAGUUAGGUAUGAAUAUAUGUAGAUUUGAGACUUAACGAAUAUAGGAAACAUAGGUGUGCUAUUUGUAUGAUGCAGAACAUACCCCCUACUAAAUUUCUUGAGUGUUUGAUAGGUGUUGGAAGCUUUAGCGGCCAUUUGUGCCUAGUUUUGAGGUGCCUGUUUGAAAUGCUUGAAAGCUUAUCAAAGAACACAACUGCUUCCUGGAAAGCUUAUUGUUCAGUACAAAACGUGCCCCUUAUGCAGCUGGUUCAUCCUUCUUUUCAUUACUGAAGACCUUUGCCAGCAAGAAUGCCUGUAAACCUCUUGUCUACAGUCUGUUAGUAUAACUUUUUUGUAAAUUUAUAAAUGACUGCCAGAAGAAUUUGAAUUCACUCUUAAGGAAAAGAAAAAAUAAAUAGUGGUGGAAAUAAAGCCCCCCCCCCCCCCCCCCCGUCAAGGUAUAAUGUGGGUUGAAACAUUAAAAACUGUUGAGGAUAGAGGGUGAUGCGAGGCGUGGAAUACAACUGAAGUAUCAAAUUUGAAUUGUCUUCAGCUUUCCCGUAAGGUAGCAGCUGGUCUUUAAUGGCUUUAUUCAUGAAUCAUUUAACAGUGUUCACAUUGGUAUUUUCUUUUAGCUUGCUUAGAAGCACCUUAAAAGCAUUUUGCACAAAAGCAGUUGUAAGCAGCUGAAGGUACUUAAGUCCUUCUUGGCGUGCAACACAAAGGUGGUAAGAGUACACAAACAAGAUAGAUAUUCUGAUUCUCAGCAAAGAAUGUAAAACAUCUAUAAAGUUAUCCCUGCUGGUUUUAUAUCAUUACUACCCUUUAGUGCAAGUGCUAGUCCUGGGGGAAAAAGCAAGGUUUCAGUGACUGCAAUGUUACAAAGUUGUCUUAUCACAAGGAAAACACAUGGACAAACACCUUUGUUAUGUCUGACAGGCCAGUGUACCCUAGUAUGCCAAUUUUAAUCCUUAAUUUGGGGGUAAAAGUUCACUUGCUAUUAAUAUUUCAGCAUAUCAGUCUUCGAAACAUUAUGGUUAUGCAGGGAUACAAAAGAGUUCACUUGCGGUUUACUCUUACUGUAUAGUAUUUAAUGAUGAUACUCUGUGAUGCUUCUUUUUAAAUUUCUUGUGUAUUUCUCAUCUUUGCCCCCCCUGCCCCAACCUUGGGUUUUGUUCAGUUAAGCAGUUGUAUGUAAGCAGGAUGGUCUGCUCAUGUGUAAUCAGUUAAAUGUUUGAGACUGAAGAACGCUUAAUUUGAAUGUGCUCUUGACUGGAGUGAAAAGUUAAAUUGUUUCACUUUCCUAUCAUCUCCACACAGUUCAAGAUUAGAAACUAAUUAUGAUCUUACUGAUUUAUUUUUUUUAAUAAGUACAAUUUUUACAGAUACUUACAAAGAAAUAGGCACAUGUACUCUGUAUUUAGAGGAAUUUCCAGAGAACUAAUGAAUAUCUUAAAUUAUAUAAUUCUUUUGAUAUGGCUUCUGUUACUGCCAGCAAAAUACCUUCUACUCUGAUGUUUGGUAACGGCAAUUAUAAGUAAGUGCUAGUUCUUGAGUGCACGCAGAGCCUGAUGCAUUCUCACUGAUGGGAGCAGAUUCCCACAGAUGUCAGCGGGAGCAGGCUCACAGCGUUGUGCGGUUCUUUCACCCGUUGGUGAUUUGCAGUUUCUAUCUUCAGUUUGAUAAAAAGCGAGGAACUCUGUUGUAUUCCUGUUCUGUAUCCAAAACCUAUGCAGUGGCAUCGCUAUCAGCCAGUGGCGCCCAGCGAAGAGUGCCCGUACCGAACAGCAUCACCGCUGGUGGGUUCGUUUAAGCCACUGUUCUGUGGCUUGUGUAGUCUCAAUGCCAUUGUUGGCAUGUUGUGUGUGUUUUCCCAUUGUGCUUGAAUCUACUAAAUUCUCUUUGACCAUGCAGAGACACUAAGGUAUCGGUGGUCCAAGCCUCCUGUCCAGCUGAGGCCUGUGCUGUAGUAUGGUUCAGAUGUUCUCCUUGCAUCCGGAGAAGGCAUCCAAAACUUCACCCGAGUCAGUCGUAUUGAGCCUGAAUUCUGUCUUCUGUGCUUGAAUUAAUUUUCCAAAGCUAAUCUUCCUAUGUCCAAUAGUAAAAAUUAUCUCUAGCAAACUUCAGCAGCUGGAAGUUACUUGCAGUGUACUUGGGAACGAGUCGUUUGCAGUGACAGAUUGCUGCAUCCAGUACUUGGCACUCUGCCCUCAGAUGUUACAAUUAAAAUGUUGAGAUAGCUUGUAAGAAUUGUUAAAUUAAUUACACAAUACUAUAGUAAUUAUCCUGAUUUGUUUCAGUGAAAUUAGGCUAAAACAUCAAUGCAAACAGGGGAUUUGUAGCACUUAAGUUACCCAGUCCUAUCCAGAAUUAGAAGUUUACCAAUAUUUGUGGGUGGGGAUGGAGGAGCAGGUGUUUCUUUCUCAAAGUUUUCAGAAGGCUUCUGAAGCCAAAUAGUCCUGAUGUAAUCCUGUGGGAGCUCUAUAUGAUUUAAAAAAAAAAAAAAAAACCAACCAAAAAAACCCCCCCCAAAAAACCUCCUCAAAAGCCACUUCAGAACUUUUCUUGGGUGUGUAUUGAUACCUGUUGGUAGCAUGCCUGCGCUGUCGUUCAUACCUUACCAUCCUUCUGCAUUAACACCCCUUCAGUUAAAGUACAUUCCAAAUACUGUUCGUCCCUACUUCACUCUAUUUUUUCAUGUUUACUCCCCCUAAUUAUGUUGUUGAUAAGCUAACAUUUUCCUUUCGGAAUAGAAGAAUGAAUACAGAUUUUGUUUAAAACCCCACCCUUAGUGUAUAGCUAAAGCUGACGAGUAAUGAUAAUAACUUAUGGAAUUACAAGUGUCCCCCCCCAAAAAAAAUCAGUGACUGGUUUUCUUGAGAAUUUUCCUAUGUAAUGAAAGCAAACUUUCUUGAAAGCUGUAAAAGAUAGUUAAUUGAUUGUUUUUCUCUUAAUUAUUAAGAUUUGGGCAAUAGCUUAUUACCAGUAGUGAGUUUGAAUAACGUUUCAUCCUGUUUUGGAGUGGUUUAUGUGAGAACUGAAAAGAUGCUUGAGGUGGAUCUCCUUUGCAGGACAAAGUGUUCUCAUUUUGUGUGUUUUGCAUUAGGCUUAUGAGCAGCAUUUGCUAAGUAAUUGCAUUGUCAUAAUAUCCCAAGCACUUUGGCAUCUUGCACUGAUACUCUGAUUAGAGCUAAAACUCUUCUGGCACGUGACUGGUGAUAAAUCUCAAUAUACGAAAGGGCAUUAACUGAAAACAGUGUGCAAUGAAAUACAUGCUCUCUGAGGUACUUCAAAGAUGAAACUAUACAAAAGGUCCCCGUUAUCAGAUAUUGUAACUGUCAUUUCUUUCUCUAAGCAUAUUGUGGAUUUUGUAUCAUAUUGUAUUUAUUUCAUUUAAUUUUAAAAAAAAUGUUUUCUUUAAAGCUCUGUAUAUAUUGACAUUAAAGUUUGCAUUGUACUACG